CAGAAAGUGUUGAGACCAAACUGAAUGUGUUUCUCAGUCAUGGGGAAAGUCUUCUUGUUCGUUUUGGUCACUUUAUUUCUUCUGAACACGACGCAGACGCAAGGAAAGAAGUCCAGCCGGAUCAAACGAAACAGCACUGGCAGCAUCAACCCGAGGACAUUCAAAGGAAGCCUGAUUAACAUCUCGUUUUCUUCUGACAAAAUAGCAGAGAUGCAAACACCACCGUGCUCCAAUGCUGUUGUGUUAAACAGCAACAACACUGCAGUUUACCUUCAAGGGCCUAUAAGCAUCUGGUUCAUCCCUGCCAUCUACAUCAUAUCCCUGGUCGUCGGCAUUCCUGCUAAUAUCGCCAUUUUGCUCACCGUUGGAACUAAAGUGAGGGUCAUAUCAUCUGCCAUUUUAUAUUGUAGCCUGGCGGUGUCUGACCUGCUACUACUGUUCAGUCUCUUCCUCAAGACGCACUAUCAUCUCAACGGAAACAAUUGGAUAUUUGGUGAAACUGCUUGUCGCGUUACAACCGCUUUCUUCCAUGGGAAUCUUUACUGCUCUGCUUUUACUCUGGCCUGUAUUAGCAUUAAGCGCUACAUAGCUGUGGUUCAUCCGUUCUUCUAUAAAAGUCUGCCGAAGCGUUCAUUCAGCGCUUGGGGCGGCUUGAUCGUUUGGAUCGUUUUUAUCGUCACGCUUUUGCCUGAAUGUUUAGUAAAACAAAGCUACCACAUCAUGCAUCUGGGAAUAACAACAUGCCAUGACGUCCACCCUGAUAAUAUAGAGUACCGGUGGCUUGAGUAUUAUAAUUUGGGCUUGACAUGCGUUGGUUUUUUUGGACCCCUAGUGGUGACAAUAGCUUGUUACGCCUCUAUCGUCUGGCACCUGAAUCGCUCGCACAGAGACUGGGCUCUUUAUAUUAGAGCGAGCUCGUUGAACUUUGUUAUUUUCGUCGUGUGCUUCGGUCCGAGCAGCUGCUUUCACUUCGUGCAUUAUUUUCUGCUGUCUUUGGAAAUUACGGAGAGUUUCUAUAUGUACUUCAGCGUGGCUGUGUGCUUGUGUUGUCUGCAUAGUGCCCUGGAUCCGUUUCUGUUCAUGGUCAUGUCCAGGACAGUCAGAACAAAUCGGUAUUUCCUUACGCGCAAGGGACCUGCACUUAGUAUCUCUACAUAAAGUCAACAUGAAAUUUCGUCGUGGAAAACACUUUACUCUUGUGUGCUGUUUAAUGCGAACUGGUUGAAACAAUUAGUAUUGAACUUGUUUUAAAGUCAGCGUGAGCAGGAAGUUGCUGAGACUUUUAUUUCAGUAUGUUGAUGCACUUCUAUCUGAAACUGAAUGUUCGGUAGGGGCCGGGGCUUUCUGUUUGCGCAUAAUUCCCUCAUAGCAAACUAAUGGUUAGAGGGGCGUGGCUAAGAGUAUCGUAGCCGUCAAGCUGACGUCAACAGAGAAGGACUGCCGCUCCAAAUUGCAGAAGCAAAUGGUCAGAAUUUGAUUGAAAAUUACCAAAACAAACUAUUUUUUGGUGAAUCAACUUGCAUUUAUUAAUUGUUCACCUAAAGAAUUACAAUGAAUAGCAAAAUAGACAUAGUAAAUUUAGUAAAUUCAGUAAAUUCCACAUGGAAAAAAGACUAUAAGCACUUAUAUUUUUGUUCAAAAGAUUUAUUUUGAAGCAAAUUAGUGAUUUUAGGGAUGCACCGAAAUGGAAAUUCUAGGUCGAGACUGAAAAUACUAGAUGCACAAGGCCAAACAUCGAAACUGAAACACGUUGUAAUAAUUAUUUUUUAUUUUAUUACAUAAUCUACAGUAAAUCUUUUCGAAUUGGCCUCAAAAACUUAAUUUAUACACUGUAAUAUGAACUGUAUUUUACUGUAGGACAGUUAUGCAGUAUGUUAUUGUAUUGUAAAGUUGCAUUGUGAAAAUUACGUACAUUAAUACUGUAAACACAUAUAGAGAUAUAAGAUAAAUGAUGCUGGAAAGGUAAAUACAGUAUUCUUGCUGAUUUACAGUAAGUUUCUGGGGAACUCCUGCCAGUAAGAUACUAUAGAUUCUACAGUCUACUUUAUUAAAAAAACAAGCUAAUGAAAUAACCACAUUUUUUGGCAGUAAGAUUUUAUUGACAGUGAAUUUAUUUACAGUUCCAGAAGCAUAAUUUUAUCAGCAUUGCCACGACAGCACGGUAGCAAUUGUAAGCAGCAGAAAUAAGUAUACCACAUAGAAAUGCAUUAUUUGAGCGUUACUUAAAUGCAUUAUUUGCUUUUUCGGUGAGCAUGUGCGAUUCAUUCAUACAUGUACAUGAGCUAAAAAUCCCCAAAGCAGAAUAUUUAGAUAUUUUAAACUGGCUGACUUCAUACAAACUAGCUGACGGUGUGGUUUGGUUGAACCAGUAACAAACUGCACUUGUGCAUUGCAAGCCAUUGAAAUGAAUGGGUUUCAUAGCGCAGCAUUUUCUGCAUCUGGUGUGAAAGCUGAUUCACAUCAUGCAAUGACUACAACCUAUUUCGUCCUAUAUUUUGCCAGUUUUCUCUUCCGGAUGAAAACCAAAUAUGCCAUGUUCGUCAAUAAUUUUGGUGGCCGAUAAUUCAAUGCAUCCCAAGUGCUUUUAUUUAUCAAAGGCAAAUUAAAGACACAGUAAACACAUAUAAGAAUGUAACAAUUUGUUCUAUUAUUUAAAAUAAACUCUGGUCUUUUA